AUGAAGUCUUUGAAGAAGAUCAAGGCGCUGAGCUCCUUUGGGCGCAAGACCAACGGCGGCAGCGGCAGCAACAGCCAGGAUGGCACCAGCACCAACGAACCUGUUCGGAUACGCGCCGACACGUCUGACGACCCUCAAGGCGACAUUCCUGAAGCCAUCGCCGCGCGCAAUGUGAGACUAUUCUGCGAGUCCGGUGGCGGGCCCAACUCGGGCGACGAUUACAUAUACCUCCCUGCCAUUGUCGACGCCGCCGAGUCCUCCCCAGAAGCCGCAGCCGAGUGCGCGCGCAUCAUACGGCAGUAUCUUAGAAAGGCCUACAAGCACUCGCCCGCGUUCCAGUACAACGCCAUCAUGCUCAUGCGCAUCUUGACCGACAACCCCGGCCCAACGUUCACGCGCAACAUGGAUUCCAAAUUCAUCGAGACGUGCAAGCAUAUCCUCAUGUCUCCCGAUCGCCGGGUGAAUCAGAUGAUGAUGGACACGCUAGACGCUUUCGAGCACCAGAAGGCAUAUGACGAGAACCUCGGCAUGAUCAUUGCCAUGUGGCAGCAGGAGAAGCAAAAGGCGCUGCAGAAGUCUGGGGGCAGCAUGCCGUACAAUUGGCAGCCUCCGCCUCCGCAAAUGCAGCAGCAGCACAUGCCCGAUCCUCACUCGCAAAACUACUUCGCCCGUCAGCAUGCUCCCCGGCGCACUCUCCCGGACCCUGUCGAGCUCGCCGGUCGACUGGAAGAAGCCAAGACUUCUGCCAAGGUGCUUCACGAUAUUGUUGCCAAUACCGCGCCACAAGAUGUUCUGGGCAACGACCUCAUCAAGGAAUUCGCCGAUCGGUGUUUGAGCGCAAGCCGCAGCAUACAAGGCUACAUGAACGCCACCGACCCGACGCCAGACCACGACACCAUGGAGAGUCUGAUCGACACGAACGAGCAGCUUCAGGCGUCCAUGAGCCUGCACCAAAGAGCCAUGCUGAAUGCCCGGAAGCAGGCCGGCCCCAGGGAACCAUUAGAAGAGCCGAGCCCGCUGACCGAGACCGAUCCCAACGGCUCCAUAUCGCGGAGGUACUCACCCGUGAGCGAGGACGACGGCUCGCCGCGCACGGCGGGAAGAACGAAUGGCAAGGGCAAGCAGAGACAGCUCGAGACCAACACUGCUGGACCUUCCAGGUCACACACGCCCCGCGUGGAGGAGGACCCUUUCCGAGAUCCCGAGCCGGAGAGCACAUCAGGCAAGGGUAAGGCGCGUUACAAUGACAUGGGCCACGACGAAGGACAGAGACAUGCGGACGAACCCUAUCAUCCCGGCUUCCUCACGACAGCAAGCUAUACGGGCAGGCAGGAGAGUGCGCUUGGCAAGGAAGCUAUGCACGGGGCUAUACCCGGGGGCUCAUCCUCCUCGAGCCGGCCAGCGGCGCAGCGCGACUCUGACGCGGACUCGGUCGAUUCUUCCCGAGGCGCUCGGCGCGAACCCACCUACCGGUACUGA